AUGAAAUCAGGUGCUCCGGACGGCCUUUUAAAACUCAAAGAUGCCAAACCAGAAGACUUGCCUCUUUCUCUAAGGCAGCUCGUAAGAAGAACUGGAUAUGGAGAACACAUGUGCUGCAGAAACAAACCUGUUGGACUCAUUACAAAAACAAGAUCAGCAAAAAGAGUGACCAAUGUGAAAGAGGAGGUUAAGGUGUCUUCUGGUAGUUGUGGACUUUUCGGUACUGGUACUUGCAACAAAUACGAUUAUAAAUAUCAUGAAGUUAUAACAUACGUCACAGAAUACUACAAGGAUAUCAACUACUUGGGUUGUCCAGACAGACAUGUAGUGUGUUGCAAUUAUUAUAUCAUGGUAUCCAAAAAAUGCGUCUAUUUGGAUGAUUUACAUGCCAUCGCUCAACAUAUGAUUGGGUAG